CUCAGGGCAAUUGGCCGCUGCAAGAAAGACUUCAAUCUCCUACGACUAUCCUUUUCCCCGCCGCCUCUGCCGUCAUCACUCCUGCUGGGAUUAAGCGCCCUCGAGCGCCUGUCGCGUCUCUCCUUCGCCAUCUGAGUCGUGUCCGUCUCGUUCCACCGUCAGCCUUGAAAUAGGCAUUCCUACACGUCGUCCCCAUUUCGCCUGCAAAAAAAAAACCGUUUCUUUUAUCAAUUUCCAAUCUCGUCGCAUCCAUCCGCAUAUACGCCCUCCUUCCGUCAACACUCUCUCCCUCCCGUGCGCUGCCUCUCAGCGGGCACGCAAAUCCAUCUCUCUAAUAGCUGCAGUUAGCAGCUCACUACCAUCGGCCUAUCUACAUGCUAUCGACCUACCCUGAGUUAUGACUUCUCAGGGUGUUUCUCGCAAGCGACCUGCUCCUGGCACAUCACCCAUCGUUCACCCCGCAAUACCUGCCAUGUCGAAUUUUCCGCCAAAUCCCGGUUCCCAGCUUUCAAAUGAUCAAUUCUUACAGUGGGGUCAGAAUCCUCCUGCGGCCGUUGUCAACCCUGCGUCAUUCCCUGAUGCUGGUUCGUACAGUGCCCCUAUCUUCCCUGCAACCCAGGAUGUGCCCACUGCUCCUCCUACUACUACUACUACUACUGCCACCAACACUACUUCUACAACCAGUCAGCUUGCACGCAGGCAACCACCAAACCAACUUGUCUCCCGCGGUCGAGGAUACGAUCAGUCUCCAACCAUAUUCUCGGACUCGGGUACUUCUACAUCUGAACCUGCUGGUGGAUGGGGGGAGAGCUUGGACCAUCUCUAUCAACGAGCCUUGAUCGCCAAGAAGGAUGCCCAGGCGAAGAGGAAGCAGAUUCCUCCAUUCGUGCAGAAGUUGAGCAGUUUUCUGGAUGAGUCUAAGAAUACCGAUCUGAUACGGUGGUCUGAUGAUGGUAAUUCGUUCAUUGUCUUGGAUGAAGAUGAGUUUGCCAGGACUCUGAUUCCCGAGCUUUUCAAGCACAACAAUUAUGCUUCCUUUGUUCGUCAACUGAAUAUGUAUGGCUUCCACAAGAAGGUCGGCCUAUCGGACAAUUCCAUGCGUGCUAGCGAACGGAAGAACAAGAGCCCUAGCGAAUACGCAAACCCGUACUUCAAACGUGGUCACCCUGACCUGCUGUGGCUGAUUCAAAAGCCCAAAAAUACGGGGCAGGGAGCUAAGUCGGCAAAGGCUAAUAUGCGGGUGAAGGCAGAGGACGGUGACGAUCAUGAGGCCGAUGACUAUGGAGAAGAUGCAUCUCGGGAUGAUCGCGGUCGAUCUCGCAGCCAACUCUCCCUCAUCUCGAAUGGUCUUUUACCGAAGGACCAACUUGCGGGGGUUUAUCGGGAGCUGCAAGCCAUCCGUCAACAGCAGCAGAUAAUAUCUAACACUAUCAACAAACUACGGAGAGAACAUGAACAGCUGUGCGCACAGGCCGCUAAUUUUCAGGAGCAACAUACCCGGCACGAGAAUUCCAUCAACGCGAUCCUCACAUUUCUGGCGACAGUGUACAACCGCAGUCUCCAGGGACAGGAUGGUUCACCGAACCUGGCCAACUCUCUUGCCGGUGCGAUUUCACAAGACCAGGGUAACGUUGUGGAUAUGGGAGAUGACUACUCGCUAAGCUCUCUGAACUCCGGUUUGAAUAGUCCAAAUGCUCAGAAGACGUUAAAGAAACAACCAUUGUUGUUGAAAGCUCCACCGGUGCCCGUCCGCCAGGGUCGCACACCCGCCCUCUCGCCUUCUUCCAAUGUCUCGCUCAAUUCAUCACGAUCACACAUUCGACAACCGAGUGCACCCGGUCAUGUUGAGGAAGUCUUCGAUAAUAGCCCUCGUCAGAAUAAUACGCCCGAUUCUAUCCAAACCGACAGCUUUCCUCAGCGGGAUAUCAUGUCCGUCAUUCAGAACUCGAAUGCACGGAGUGGCAUGCCUUCGAGCUAUACCGAUUUUCCGAACGUCCUCUCCUCUCUCGAAAAUUCUGGUGGCCAAAUUCCACUCACCCCGAAUCAGCGUGCUGAUAUGCUCCGACUUAUGGCUAACGAAACGAAUUCAGCUGACCCGAAUGUAUCGGCGACGUCGAACAAUGCCCUCAUCACUCCCACACCACCUCCGAUGCCACACAAUUAUACGGGUCGACUUGCAAAUACCCGUGCCGAGAUCGACAACCUUGUCAAGAUGCAGGCGGAGCAGGAUCGCUCGGUCCAAAACUUGACCGAUCUCUUACAGCCCCUCAGCCCAACAGGAACUAUCCCCGGCCUUGGGAGGAACGGUGCGAACGUACCCCCUCCGCCUCUUGACCUCGACCAAAUAUUCAACAAUGACUACUUCACUGAUAUUGACGAUGUCGAUUCCAAACACAACCUUGGUUUCGGCGACUCGACUACUUCCACUGGACCCGCUCCCGCGGCAGGUUUGGAUAAUGACUCGAUAAAAGAUGCAAACGACCUAUUCGACUUCGAUCACCUUCCAGCUGAAGGUGAUCUAUUUGGUGACACUUCGGCAACAACCAAUACGCCACAGAAUGCAGGCUACUUCGGUGGAUUUGAUGGCACAAGUGUCGCCGGCAAACCAAUCAACUCGACAGCGCCGGAUCCCAAUUUCACCGACGGCAAUAACAAUAUAGAUUCUGGUCGUGUUAUCGAAACACUUACUGAUAGCGAGGGAACGAGUCCUUCAAAUACGGUUGCCGAGAACUCGCCCCAGAUAGGCGCGAAAGAUUCUCAAGGGACUAAUGGAAAUGAUAACAAGGGAAAACGUCGAAGAUUGUCUUAACUUUCCCCUUCUAUGUCUUCCUUCUCUUUCUUUUUCUCCCUUUCCUUCUCCAUUUUCUUUCGUCUUUAUUUCUCUCUUCCUCGCCUUCUUUUUCAUUUCUUUCCCCUUCCGUCCAGCCAUUUUGGCUAACAAAAAUGCUGAGAGUGGCCAUCGAGCUCCCAGUCUAGAAGCAACCGAAAUGGCACUAACCUUGAUAUAAGAGGGAAUGCAAAAAGGGAGGAGAUGAGAAAGAAGAACGAAGAACAACAGAAUAGAAAGAGGAAGCAAUGGAGUGGACUACUGAGAAGCGCCGACUGAAAACAAAAUUGGUGGAUUUGGCGUUGAUGGAACUUUUGAGAAGUCGUCUCUUCGAGUCUCGUGAGUCUUGACGACCUCGUUUCCCUGAAGGCGUCCUCUUUCCAUCCGUUGGUCCCAUCCACCCUGUGUACAGGGUAUCGGCUUAUCACGGCGGCAUUUUGUCCCAUUUCCGUUUCUCUUGCAUGUGUCGCCUCAUUUUCUCUUUAGAUACGACAAGUAUGACUUCUCUGAGUUUCUGGUAACGGUGUUUUUGUUCUACAUGAAGCUAAGAUUGCAUUGUCUCACCUACGAUAUGCUUGUACGGGGUUAUGUAAUGACGUCUGAUUAUGAUGAAUUAGCCGGUCGGGAGAUGGUUCUUGGUCAAUGUCGGGUGUGCGGUGCCGUUGGUGUCAAUGUGUCUUAUUUGUUGUCCAUCACGGCUGGGUAGACGAGAAGACGGCGAACGAAGGAGAAGACAGGAGUUAAUAGCUGUCAAGGAGCUUUCCAUUAUUUCAUCGUCGAAGCGCACGUUGCAUACUGCAUUGCUGCGUACAUAUCAUAUGUAUGGACGUGUCUAUAUCUGACUUGAUUUCAUAUUAAUUCAGCCGAGGCUUUAGAGUGUGGAUUGCCCAGUUAUCCGUAUCUCAGAACUACUGACGUGCAGAAUUGAAGUAAUGAAAGCCCUGGUACAUCACGAUGUUGAUUAUAGUUGAUCACACCAUAUAGCUCUAGCAGAUGAUUCUUCCUAAGGAGUUCAAAGACGCCAUCCGUCUCAUGCGUUCUUGA